AUGGAAACACACGAAGUUAAUUCAGGCGCCCAUAGGGCAGAGCAGAUUCAAAAGAGGCUUUUUGUUCUUUGCGACGGCACACGGCAGGAUGGUGUCAAUAAGACGAGGCCUCUGACCAAUGUUGCUACCUUGGCCCGGUGCCUGAGCCCUAUUGACGAUGAGGGCUGUCUGCAAAUUGUAUACUAUGAUAGCGGUGUGGGCAACGGGACAAGCUGGCCGGCGCGCCUUUUUGACGGAGCAACUGGAAAAGGAAUAUCGGCCAAGAUACGCAACGCAUACAGCUUCUUAUCUCACAACUACAACUUUGACAGAGGCUGGGACGAGACCGUCCUGGUUGGGUAUUCGCGGGGCGCUUUCGCUGUCCAAUGCCUUGCUGCCUUCAUUAGCGACGCUGGUCUUCUGAAGAAAGAGCAUCUCUACUAUCUUCGUGGCCUCUUCACCCUCUGGUCGCAUCGAGAAAUGCCUGGCGUCGCAGCGAAGUUCCAGGCUGAGAAGGAGGCUCUCCAGGAGGAGGGCUUGCUUCACUCAAUCGAAAUCAACGCUUGUGCUGUUUGGGAUACUGUUAGCUCCCUUGGCAUCGGAAUUCAAAUCCCACCACGACAACUCUCAUUUGUCGGCAAAGAAGUGCCCAAAUGUGUGCAAAAUGCCUUUCAGGCGCUGGCGUUGGAUGAGAGUCGUCGAACCUUUCGGCCUAUAUUAUGGCAAGAGGCUGCCCAGAAUAAGGCGCGUAUCCACCAGUGCUGGUUUCUCGGAUCACAUAGUGAUGUUGGGGGGAACGGUGACGCUGCUCUGGGUAUGAUGACAUUCCUUUGGAUGGUCGGCAUGCUACGUGACAAAGUCAGAGUCAAGUUCAUAAAGCACGAGAUUGUCCGGCACCUGAAGCACAAGUUUCUAGAAUGGGACUUUAAAUCAAGAGCUUUACCGACUGAGAUCCAUUUUACUGUGCGUCUUGCCAUGGCUAAAGACAAGAAGUCAUCCAAAUGUCUUAGGUCAUGGAGCACGGUCUGGACAGACAGCACAGAUCCUGUCCAGGCGGUUGUACAAUGGAAACUUGAUACCAGCACUGUUUUGAACGAAGCCGUUCUUGAUGGCACCGAGCACGACCUCCUUCGCAGCUGGAGCCACGGCGAAUUUCAGUUGUUCCAUACGGAUAGGGAUGGGUUUGUUCAGCUUCAGCAGUUGGUUCAAGCCCCAGAAACUGCUCCAGCACUGGAUAAAUUUAAAGAUUUACUUAGGGAGAAGAUGCAAUUUGGAGAUAGUGGGAAAUUAGCUGAAGACAUUCUGUAUAAGGGAGAAUAA